GUGCUUGCAGCUGGCUUUUGAUUACAGCAGGAGAGGGUACAAUGAUGCUACAAUACCUUGCAUACAUUCAUUCAUAAAUAAUUUACAGUCAGUAAUUAUAAUGACUGGAUUAGUAUUUGUUGUAGGUUGGGUCGGGGGCUAAUAUUGUCCCUUAACAGUAAGAAGGUCCUUGGUUCAAAUGUAGCCUAAGCAGUUGGGUUAAAUGAUUUUAACUGGGGACAGUUACAGGGCAGAGGUCGGUAUAAUUAGAGCACCAAUCUGGACUCAAAUGUGGCACCAUGAGUGAGCACAAUAGCCUACUCUGGACAGGGUUUAAACUGUCCUCCAUGGACAGAUUUAAAACAGGAACUACCAAAGCAAUUGAUUAAUCAUUAUUCUAAAACUUGGCAUUUCAAUUGUAAUCAAUCUUUACAGACGUCUAGAAGCGUUUGAGAGGAAAUUUGACCUCCAGUGCAGGUGGAUAGCAACUUGGAGUACAAAUUACAAACAGCAGGGGGCAUGAGCAUGAAGCUAUGACUGUCGAGACUACUAGAUAAACACAAAGCGAGGAAGUGUGUUGUUUACGCCUACGCUGAGUUCAAGAUGGCUGCUGGAGACAACAGCGGCAGGCCUCCUUGCCUUAAUUUCUCCGGUCCGGGUCCUUUGGGAAACAGCCAGCCCAGUAACAGCGUUUUCUCCAUGCCAGCAUCCAACGGCGGAGCGGUCGGUGCGGCUGGGGGAGCGCAGGGAGCAGCGAGGCGCCCCAACCCGCAGCUGGGGCCUGGCGGCGGAGACAGCAACGGCGUUUCGACCGGAGCUCCGCCGAGUGCGCAGAACUCCCUGCAGCAGUCCGCUGCGGCAGGUGCUGCGGCAGCCGGAGCCAUGGCCACCCCGGCGUCCAACAUGGCAACCACCGCAGCGUCAAACGCCUCCCAGGCGGCCGCACCGACCGCCACUCCUGCAGCCGCGUCCGUGCUGGUCUACCGAGAGCCAGUGUACAACUGGCAGGCGACGAAGAGCACCGUCAAGGAGAGAUUUGCCUUCCUGUUCAACAACGAGGUGCUCAGUGACGUUCAUUUUUUAGUGGGCAAAGGAAUGGGGGUUCAGAGGAUACCUGCGCACAGGUUUGUUCUGGCUGUGGGGAGCGCAGUGUUUGAUGCGAUGUUCAACGGUGGGAUGGCGACGACCUCAACGGAAAUCGAGCUCCCUGAUGUGGAACCAGCUGCUUUUCUGGCCCUGCUAAAGUUCCUCUACUCAGAUGAAGUCCAGAUCGGGCCUGAGACGGUGAUGACCACACUCUACACAGCUAAGAAGUAUGCAGUGCCAGCCCUGGAGGCUCACUGUGUGGAGUUCCUCAAAAAGAACCUGAGAGCAGACAACGCUUUCAUGCUGCUUACACAGGCACGGUUGUUUGAUGAGCCUCAGCUUGCCAGUCUUUGUCUAGAAAAUAUUGAUAAGAACACUGGAGAUGCUCUUGCUGCUGAAGGCUUUACAGACAUAGACUUGGAUACACUGGUGGCGGUGUUGGAGAGGGAUACUCUCGGGGUGAGGGAGGUGCGUUUGUUCGGAGCCGCGGUGCGUUGGGCUGAGGCUGAGGCUCACAGGCAGCAGUUGCAGCCCACACCUGAGAACAAACGCAAAGUCCUGGGCAAAGCUCUCACACUCAUCCGCUUCCCUCUCAUGACCAUCGAGGAGUUUGCUGCAGGUCCAGCCCAGUCUAGUAUUCUUACCGACAGAGAGGUGGUAAGUCUCUUCCUCCACUUCACUGUAAACCCAAAGCCCCGCGUAGAUUUCAUCGACCGGCCUCGCUGCUGCCUCCGCGGGAAGGAGUGCAGCAUCACGCGGUUCGGACAGGUGGAGAGCCGCUGGGGCUACAGCGGAACAAGUGACCGCAUUCGGUUCUCAGUAAACAGAAGGAUAUUUGUGGUUGGGUUUGGCCUGUACGGCUCUAUACACGGACCCACAGACUACCAAGUCAACAUACAGAUAAUUCACACAGACAGUAACACAGUGCUGGGCCAGAACGAUACAGGCUUCAGCUGUGAUGGGUCAGCCAACACCUUCAGAGUCAUGUUCAAAGAGCCAGUGGAGAUACUACCCAACGUCAACUACACUGCCUGUGCUACACUUAAGGGUCCAGAUUCUCAUUAUGGGACUAAGGGAAUGCGAAAGGUAACACAUGAGUCAUCAUCCACCGGCACAAAGACCUGUUUCACCUUCUGCUACGCAGCGGGCAACAACAACGGCACUUCCGUAGAGGACGGACAGAUUCCUGAGGUCAUAUUCUACACAUAGUCACCUCUGACAUCGCAACGAUCUUCCAUCAAAUGUGACAACCUGACACCAGCGCAGGGCCACACCUCAGCAGCCGUACUGGGGACUAAUCUUGUCAGACAUCAUACUGUUCCCUCCAUAUAGUGCACUACUGCUGGCCAUAUGGGAAGACAAAUAGCCGUGAGGCAAUGUAGGUCACUACAUGGGGCGUAGCUCGUCAUUUGAGAUGCCAUCUCUCUCUUUCUCAGCGGCUUCCUUUAUCCCUUUGUGUCGUAGAGAUGCCAGCCUCUGAAACAGACAUGACUGUAACUGACUCCACGAGGGAAGGAGAGAGAGAGAGGGAGGAGCCUCUCAGAUCAUUCACAGUAUCCGUGUCACUGCUGUGGAGUGAUGGCAUAAGACUUGACACUGAAUUCUGCUUAAGCUGUACGAUUCCCCUUCCUGUACUCCACAGCAUUAAGGAGAGUCGCAACUGUAUGAAUGUACAGUUUAUCAGAUUUGCCAAGAAAAUAUCCUCAUCAUUGUUCAGUGCAGACCAGCAUUUCACUUGAUUCCACAUCAGUUGUAACUUCCAUAGACUCAUAGACCUUAUAGGCUUUAUGAACUCUUGGCGAAUUUGAACCAAACUUCAUAUUAAUCUUAACAAUAUCAUUAUGGUAAGCAAUUUUUGGGGUUUCUACUUACAGUACAAUCUGUGAUAUCUUGUGUCCUUGCUUGGUAGUUGCCUAUACCCAAGAUACCUUGCACUUCUCAGCCUUGCGUAUGUUCAUUUGAUUGUUCUAUGGAUGCACAUUGACUCUUCAGAUAUGUUUCUUUUCAGCUUUGUUUUAAAAAGUGUGGGUGGAGGAGUUUUCCUUCUUGGUGCGGAAGUUUAAGGGUUGUAUAUUAAAGUGGCAUUUAUUAACAUUAUAUAUGUAACUUGAAAUAACUAUUGAUUAAAGAGUGAAGAAAAAGUA